UUCUCCACCUCAAAAUGGGCAGCAGCACAGCAGAUGACUGUGCGAGAUGCUUUGAACUCAGCCCUGGAUGAGGAGAUGGAGAAGGCGAGGGUGUUCCUUCUUGGUGAAGAAGUUGCUUUAUACGAUGGUGCUUACAAGGUCUCUCGUGGUCUUUGGAAGAAGUACGGAGACAAACGUGUCAUUGACACACCAAUUACAGAAGCUGGUUUGCUGGUAUUGAGUGGAGCUGCAAUGGCUGGCCUGCGACCGGUCUGUGAAUUCAUGACAUUUAAUUUCUCGAUGCAAGCGAUCGAUCAUAUC